AUGUCAGCAUCGGGUGGUAAUGAUGAUGGUUGUGGUAAUGAUGAUGGUGGAGGUGGUAAUGAUGUUGGUGGUUGUAGUGAUGAUGAUGGUGGAGGUGGUAAUGAUGAUGGUGGUUGUGGUAAUGAUGAUGGUGGAGGUGGUAAUGAUGUUGGUGGAGGUGGUAAUGAUGAUGGUGGAGGUGGUAAUGAUGAUGGUGGAGGUGGUAAUGAUGUUGGUGGUUGUGGUAAUGAUGUUGGUGGUUGUGGUAAUGAUGUUGGUGGUUGUUUUAAUGAUGAUGGUGGUUGUGGUAAUGAUGAUGAUGGUUGUGGUAAUGAUGAUGGUGGAAGUGGUAAUGAUGAUAAUGGUGUUGGUAAUUAUGAUGGUGGUU